AUGGAUCUGAAUCUGUACAACCUUUCAAUGGCGGAGAAAACCGAUCGCCCCGAAAAUCCCUCUCUCCGCUUCCUUAUAAUGAUCGAUUGCCUCGUGUUUCAGAAACUAACCUCGUGGCUCAGCGCCACAUACCACGGCUUCGCCUCCACAAGAAAUUCAAAUCGUUGUUCCCCCAUUCCGAAAGCGGUCGUAGACGGCGGCGAGAGUGUGAGCAGAGAGGAGAUGAAAUCGGUGAUGGGAGAUUUGGGGAUUGUUUGCGGCGAGGAGGGCGAUGAAUCGCUUCCUCUGUUCGGAUCUGUUGAGGAAAUCGCGAAGCUGUUCGAGGAGAGAGGGCCGUGUAUUGCGGAGGUGAAGAGAGCUUUCGACGUUUUCGACGCCAAUGGCGAUGGAUUCAUCGAUGUGGUGGAGCUUCAGAGAGUUCUCUGCGUUUUGGGCCUCAAAGAAGGGGAGGGGGUUGAGAAUUGCAAGAGGAUGAUCCAGAAGUUUGAUGAAAAUGAAGAUGGCAAAAUUGAUUUUGAAGAGUUUGUUAAGUUGAUGGAGUCUGGUUUCAAUUGA